GGUUGUGAUGGAGGUGGAGCAGAUCCGCAGAUAAUCAAACACGGGUGAAAGGACCAAACAUUCACACACCCCUGACGAACCUCACACACCAGAACGAACACUGAUGCUGUUUAGCGCCCCCUGUCUGAGUGGCAGAGCAUCAUGAGAAGAAGCCAGUCGCUGCUGCUGUUGUUCAUACCACUGCUGACCUCGGAGGUGUAUUACUGUGGCGAUGUAGUAAUCGCUGCGAGGAUGCCAGCAGAGGACGAGACUGAAAUCCAAGCGUCCCCCACUGAUCUGAGAGUGACACGCGAGCAGAUCCUGUCCGCCCAGUUUGAGUGUUACCUCAAAAUCAUGUACGACCCUCCACGUUCUGAAGCAGGCCCGUACUGUAAUCGCACAUGGGACGGUUGGCUCUGUUGGGGAGACUCCGCACCCGGAACCGCCGUCCAGCCCUGCCCCUCCUACUUCCAGGACUUUGAUCCAUCCGAGAAAGUGACCAAAGUGUGUAACUCCAAUGGUCAGUGGUUCCGUCACCCAGAAAGUAACCGGCUGUGGUCCAACUACACCCAGUGUUCGGCUUACACCAAACAGAAACUCAAGCUUACUUAUGUGAUGUACUAUCUGGCUGUGGUGGGAAACAUCCUCUCCAUCAUAUCACUCCUGAUUUCCAUAUUUAUCUUCUGCUACUUCAAGUGUUUGAGUUGCCAGCGCAUCACUCUUCAUAAAAACAUGUUCACGUCAUUCAUCCUGAACUCAGUCGCCACCAUCGCCCUGCUUCACCAACAGCAGGUGAAACCUGAUUCGUCUCAGAUUGGCUGUAAGUUCCUGAUGAGUUUGGUCCAAUACACGUCAUGCUCCACUUAUUUCUGGAUGCUGUGUGAAGGAAUCUACCUGCACACGCUCAUCAUAGUGGCCGUGUUUGUGGGGAAACAGCAGCUUGGGUGGUACUACAUCCUUGGAUGGGGUUUUCCUGUGAUUCCUGCCGUCAUGCACACUGUGGCGCGACUGCUCUUCCACGAUGACAACUGUUGGUUGAUGAACAUAAAACUGUUGUAUAUUACACACGGUCCUAUCCACGUCGCUCUGCUGGUGAAUCUGUUCUUCCUCUUGAACAUCGUGCGGGUGUUGAUCACUAAACUGCGGGUCACUCACCAGACCGAGACAAAUGUCUACAUGAAGGCGGUGCGUGCCACCAUCAUCCUGGUACCUCUGCUGGGAGCGCAGUUCAUCCUGGUGCCACUUCAGCCCAACGAACGCAAUGCACUCAACGUCUACGAGUUAUUCAUGAACAUCUUGACACAUUUUCAGGGUCUCCUGGUGGCCAUUAUCUUCUGUUUCUGCAAUAGAGAGGUGCAGUCGGCGCUCAGGCGUAAGUUCGCGCUGUAUCGCUGUCAGUGUAGACAGCGCCACCUGGUGAAGACCGAUACACACUGCAACUAUCACACAAACUCCUCCAUCACAGAAACGAGCCGCGUAACUUUCAGUCUUGACCAAAUCCCAUGCAAUGCCACGCAUGCGCUCAACGGCAAGAGCAACGGCAAACGCUACUCGAACGGAGAACCCGAGAAAAGCAUCAUUUUGGAGUCGUCUGAAAUCUGACCAUCCAUCAAGUAGAAGAAAUUCUGUUUACACAACAGCGCUGUUGAUAAAGGUCCUGUUUUGAUGUAAAAACACACAUAAUACCAUCUAGAGACUGUGGCGCUGUUUCCACCUGAUAUGUAAUCACCCAAAAAAGUGGCCCAAAGCGUUGCGUAAUCCCAUCACUCAAACCACUUUUCACGUUGGCCAGCUGUCAGACUUGCUCGUAAAGUUAGCAGUAUGUUAGCAUCAUUCAUUCAUGCUAAACUUAUAGCAGAUUUAAGUUUAAGGGUAAAUUCAAGGAAUUAAUAUGAAAAUACCAAGAGAUAUUUCCACAUUGUAACUUUUCCUAAAUCGUAUGUUUAACAUGUUAAGUUAGACAAGCACUUGCAUUUUCCACCGAAUGUUAAGAGGUGUUUUUGUGAUUUUGUUUGACAUUAUACUGUUUUAUUAAAGGUUUUAUGACAAUUGGAAAACAUUCCAUAUUGAUGUGUUCAUAAAUGUGAUCUCACUCUGUGUAUCGUACACAAUGAAACUCAAUAAAAGUACUCGCAAACUAUUGAGU